GUAUCAAUCCUUGAGGGACUCCACUAGAUACAGGCCUCCAGCUAGACUCUGUCCCACUGACCACAGCUCUCUGGCUUCUUUCUUGCAGCCAGUUCACAAUCCACCUCACUACUAUCCAGACCAUACUUCCUCAGUUUAGCUGUGAGGAUACUGUGGGUGUCAGGUGCUUUACUGAAAUCAAGAUAGACCACAUCCACUGCUUUACCAUUAUUUAUCCACCUGGUUAUAUCUUCAUAAAAGGCUAUCAGGUUGAUCAGGCAUGACUUCCUCUUGGUGAAGCCAUGCUGACUGUCUCUAAUGACCCUCUUAUCCUUGAUAUGCCUAGAGACAGCACCAAGGAUAAGUUGUUCCAUCACCUUUCCAGGGAUGGAGGUGAGACUGACCGUUCUAUUGUUACUAUAGUUAACUAAUACCAGGGUCCUCCUUCUUGCCCUUUUUGAAGACUGGAGUGACGUCUGCUUUCCUCCAGUCCUCAGGCACCUCUUCAAUUCUUAAACUUAACAAAGGUGAUGGAGAGCGGCCUAGCAAUGCCUUGCGCCAGCUCCCUCAGCACCCGCAGGUGCAUCCCAUCAGGACCCAUGGAUUGAUGGAUGUUUAGAUUGCUUAAGUGCUCCUUAACCCAGUCUUCAUCACCUGAGGCAAACUCCUCCUCUAUCCUGACUUCCAGUGGGGCCUCAGAGGUAUGGGGCUCCUCAGGACAGCCUCCAGCAGUACAACAGACACAAGGAAGGCAUUCAGUAAGUCUGCCUUCUCUGUAUCUUCUGUCAUCAGGGUACCCACCUCACUCAUCAGUGAGCCUACACUGCCUCUAGUGUUAGUUUUAUCUGCAGUGUAUUUGAAGAAGCCCUUUCUGUUGUCCUUGACCCCGCUUGCAAGGUUUAACUCUAAUGAGGCCCUAGCUUUCCUAGUUGCCUCCCUGCAUCCUCCGACAACCGUCUUCUGUUCCUCCCAGGUGUCUAGCCCCUCCCUCCUUCCGUGAUCUUUAGACUCUCCUCUUCCACUUGAGCUUGCCCAGCAGUUCCCUGUUUAACCAUGCAUGUCUCCUGGCUCCCUUUCUUGACUUCCUACCUGUUGGGAUGCUCUGAUUUUGAGCUUGGAAGAAGCAGUCCUUGAAUGCUAACCAUCUAUCUUGGGCCCCUUUACCUUCAAAUACCCUGCCCCACGGGAUCUCCCCUAGCAACUGCUUGAAAAGUUCACCCUCCUGAAGUCCAGGGCUGUGAUUCUGCUUGGUAUUCUGUUCUGGCCGCCGGAGAUCCUGAGCUCUACCACCUCCUGGUCACUGUGCUCCUCUCCUAGUUGGCUCAUCCACCCCUUGCAUCAGGAAGUUAUCAUCAGUGUGCUGGAGGAACCUCCUGGGCUAUUGGAUGGCUGGCUGGCUCAGCCAGUAGGCCUUCCAGCAAAUAUCAGGGUAGUUAAAAUCCCCUACAAUAACCAGGGCCGGUAAUUGCGAGGCUGCUAUCAGCUGUCUGUAGAAGACCUCAUCAGCUUCCUCGUCCUAAUCUGGUGACCUGUAAUAGACACCCACAGCAGGAUCACCCAUGCCAGCAGCUUCCUUCCCACCUGUCUGGAAGAUCAGGAGCAGGUAGUAGUCUGUCGAGUGCAGCAGGUUGAGAGUGUCCCAGUGAUCAUCUCCCUGCUCCGGGCUUCAGGUAGACUGCAGACUUAGGGGUCAAGCCUGCAUACUGGGCCCUCUGUUCCUCUCAGAAGGGAAUCACCUACUACAGUUACCCUUCUUCCUUUCUUACUGGAGGAGUCUUGAGGCAUGGUGUCAACUGCCUCUUUCUAUCUGGCCUCUUAGAUGGGCCUGCCACCACAUCCUCACCUAGCUCUCCCUCAAGAUCCAGGGCCUCAAACCUACUAUGGAGGGGUGCCUGGGGAAGGGAGGUAGGUAGGGAGGGGGGUUGCCUGCAGUGCUGAACUAGGACUCACUUCCAACCCUCCUCGUCUUUUUGGUCCCCUACCUCAGCCUCACAGGGACGGGGUAUGGGCUUUACCACGCUCUGGGGGGCAUCCCCCCUGGUGCCCUUCCCUCCAGCACACCAGGGAGUUACUCCACCCAUCAGUCUCCUGCUCACAUGCCCUGAUGCUCCUUAGCCUCUCCACCUGUCGAAGGCUCUCCAGUAAGCAAGCGCAGGCUGUCUGUCCUGAAGGCAGGCUGAGUGCUGCGGGCUGUUUCCUCAGGGCAGCAUCUGGGGAGCUGCCAUGUCCCAGCCCACAGCUGAAGCAGGCUGGUGCACACAUUGAGAGAAUCUGCACCCACGUGUGGCUUCUGCCUGUGGAUCACACAACCCAUCUCCGGGCACUGCAGAUCCCUUAUGAAGAAGCAUAUGGCAACAGGUCUUGACAGCUUCUCUGCUUUGUUCUCCAUUCCAGAUGAUCGUGUUGGCAACAUGUAUGCAGCAUACCCCAUGGAAGCUGAUCUGGAACGUGGCAAGGAACGCAGUGAUCUGCCUGUACGCCGCAUAUCGAGGCUGCGCCAUUUUCAUCAGCCUCAAACCUACCGCAGGGCUGUUGCACCUAGGAUUCCUCCUUCCCUUUCUCAGAUGGAUCUUGGUUCUGAGCCUGAAGAGUAUCCCAGAGGUGCUGGCGGUGUGAGACCUGCAGGGAGCGUGGAUCGGAAACAGGGAGAAAAUCACCUUGCAGCUGUGGUGCUUGCCAUCCUGUUCUCUCUGGUCAUUCUGGCUGCUUUGGGUUACCUGGCAAAACAGCUGCUGAUGAAGAGACAAGCAGGAGCAAUGCUAGGUGAAACUGGCAGAGACAUGAGAAACAAAGAUCCAGCUCUGCUAAAAAAACCACGGAACUUAACGAGAAUUACCAUAGAAGUUGAAGAUCUUUCAGGGAAUCCAAACCCAAAUCUGAGUGUGUUCUCUAUUCAACUUUCUCGCCGCUCGCUGCCUUACUCUGCCAGCCCCCACAGCAAUCCUCUCAGCCUGACUUCCACAGGCAGUGAGGAAUCGAUGAUGACUCCUGCCCGGCCGCAAGCAAGAAGACACCAAACUGUAGUUCUUUCUUAGCAGCUUUCCCAAUUACAUCAGUUCAUGGCAUGAUGUCCACACUGAUGGCUGACCAUGACAGCGUUCACCACCUAUUCCGUAUCAUGACAUCAUGCCCAAGUUGUACAACACAGAUACAUGUAUCUAUGCGGUCAAUAAACUAUAAUUAACACUAUAUACAUAUAUGUGUAUAUAUGCGCACAUACACCUAAAACUACUGACUGUUCUCUCCCGUCCUCAAGUCUCUUUCACGUACACACUGAAUGUCCCUGUUUCUUCUUUUGCGUUUCCCACCAAGUCCCUGAGCAAAAUCAGUCCCACAGGUGGGCUUGCUUUUGCCCGAGGCCAGGAUAAC